AUGGAGAAUGAUCUUAUGGAGAAUGAUCUUGCGAACUUCCAAACCUCCUCUGCCAAUGCAAAUCUUCUCCUCAACACAGAUAAAUGUAAAACACUUCGAAUUACUAGAAAACGCAACACAAUCGACCAUACAUACAAAUUGCAAGAUUCCGCUCUGAAAACCACAAGUUGCGAGCGUGACAUUGGCGUCUGGACAUCCUCCACCCUCACAUGGUCCAAACAAGUCCUCCACCAGUGCGCCCAAGCCAACAAAUCCCUCGGGUAUAUUCGACGGUCCACGAUCAAAAUCAAGACCAUCUCUGUUAAC